AUGUCAAGUACUAUAAGGACAAUCUCACAAGAUAUAACACUAUUCAACAAGACAUUGACAUUUCAAGAAAUCUCACAAAAUACUAGAGAGGCCGUCAUAUACAUUCAUGGAGGUGCAUGGAACGAUCCGGAGAAUACGCCCAAUGAUUUCCAUCAAUUAGCCAGUAUCAUCAAGUCAAUGGAUAUUGAGUCAACGGUUUGUCAAUACUCCAUAGAAUAUAGGUUAUCGCCGGAGAUUAAAAAUCCAAGAAACUUAUAUGACGCUGUGUCAAAUAUAACAAGGCUUGUCAGAGAAAAGGGAUUGACAAACAUUAAUAUGGUGGGACAUUCCGUUGGAGCUACCUUUAUUUGGCAGAUAUUAUGUGCACUCAAGGAUCCUCAAGAAAGAAUGAAUGAAGCGCAAUUGCAAAUGUUGAAACUUUUGCAGACCGUUAAGAGAAUAUUUUUAUUGGAUGGCAUAUACUCAUUAAAGGAGCUAUUGGAAGAGUACCCAGAGUAUGAUUGUUUUACAAGACUUGCCUUUCCUGACGGCAUUCAAACGUAUGAGGAAGAGCCCCCGAUAGUAAUGCCGUAUGUGAAGAAAGCACUUUCUCGCUUCCAUAUUGAUAUGCACGUUGUUCAUUCUUACCGCGAUGAAUUAUUAACGUUAAAGCAAACUAACUUUUUUAUUGCUUGUCUUCAGGAUUAUCAGUUAAAUUUUAAGUUGUAUUUGGACGAUUUAGGUCUGCAUAAUGAUGUUUAUAAAAAUGGUAAUGUUGCGAAAUAUAUCUUUGACAAUAUUCGUUGA